AGCCUUUGGCAGGGGAGGAAGUCUGAGCCUGGAGCUCACCAUCAGCAACUUGGAACACAGGGUGUCUGCGGGUUGUCCCAGUCCACCAGGCAGCUGCGUAUAUAAGGCUGAGUGGAGAAAAGUGGUCUGGAGGUAGAGACUGUGAAGCAGUCUGGACCCUUGAGAGAGAAUGAGCAGCGACAGGAAUUAGUGUUGGGCAAAGGAGGAGGAAGACGAGGGCAGAUGGGGUCACAGGAGCCAGCAAGAGGAGAGGACAGCUCUGCUCCUUGACCUUGUGUGGCACGGCGGCCACCAAAGGCUUUGGCUGCCCGCUCGAUGAAGUCGGGGUGUACCCCACCUGGGCAUGUGAAUGUGGGGGAAGGGAUAAUGAGCAGAGCUCUGGCUACCGAGGCAAAGAGGACAAGGAACAAUGGCCAGAGGGAGUAUGAGACUAGAGAAUUGUUUUGUUUUAUAGAUUGAAGAUGAUUCCAUGGACAAAGAAUGGUAAUCAGAAGAGGGAGGAAUCAUCUAUGGGAAUCGGAUCACGGAGGGUUGGGACCUGAGCAAGAUGGAGAGUUUGCCUGGGGAGCAGGAAUGUCAGCAGGCCUUGGAUGAGGGUCAAGGAGGCAUCUCUGUCUGAUGUUCCUGUGUUCAUGCUGAGAGGGAAGGAGGAGGGAAAACCCUGAAGUGCCUCAGUGGGGGUCUGGAUGAAGCCCGCACCCAGGAAGAUAAAGAGGAAGCAGCCAGGGUGUGGGGUGUUGUGCUGCACUGCUGAGCUGCUUUCGGACAUGAUGGCAUUGCAGGGCUGCAGUGGAGAGUAAGAGAAAAGAGAGAAUCAGAAUGAUGGACAUGGGUUAGCACUGCACAAAGUCAGGGGUGACACUAGCAUGGUGUCAAUGAGAGCAAGCAUUGCAGGGCUUCUGAUGUGGCAGAGGGCUUCACAGAGGCCAGACAGCACACCUGAGUGUGAAGGAGGCGACGGGGAGAAGCAGGAAGGCAGGCACUCUCAGUGACGGUGAAGUUUCUGGUGAUGACUGUGUCCAGGGUGUGCCCCGGAACCCAUGGCUACGGGGGAGUGGAGAGGAAGAUCUCAAAGACAAGGGUACCAGGGAUUCAUCCGUGUGGAUGCUGAGGUCAUAGAGAAUGGCAGGAGUGGGGGAGACAGGAAGCCAGGAGCUACGGUCAGCAGAGAAUGAGGGGAAGUGACCAGGAGAGCAGCUGAUGACAGCUUUAGUGGGGAGAGGGUGGUGCCACUGAAAGCAGAAGCCUCAAAGGGGUGGUUGGGGGGGCCAAAAGGGGAGCCCAGCAGUAACUGCCCCCCGGCAGUGGUGUCCUUGGAAAGCCAGGUUUCACAUAAGACCGAGGGGAACUGGGCAGAUGGUCCUGCUUAACGUAAGGGUGUGGAUGCUUCCUCUGCGGCGAGAGAAGUGUCAACAAGCUCACAUCUCACCCAUCCGCCCAUCCACCACCCAUCUGUCCACUUGUGCACCUGAUGUUCCAUCAUGUACGUCUCCCUUUUCUUACAUCCACCCCCUGAAUCUUAACCACACAUCCCGUUUGGGGCUGAGGAACAUGAGAACUGAUUAGCAUUCCAAUCAGGAUCCCCAAGGAAGACAAGGCAGAAACUGCCCAGAUGAUGGCGACUGCUCCACAGGGAAAGGACAUGUGGACUAGACCUUCUCAAGAGAGAAACCCAAAGGAGAGAGAAGCUGGAAUGUCCCAGGCCCAAGGACAGAUGGGCAAAGCAAAGGCUCCAAGAUAUGAAGAAGCCUGACAGUUCGUGAGGAAGCUGAGAGGUCCUCGGCCUCGCAGGCGUUGACGCUGGAGAAAGGAGGGCCAGAAGGUGGCUGCUUAUCUGCUUUAUCUUGGAAACAACAGAAAGCCACCAAAGGAAGCCGGCUGACAGCUGCCAUCGCUGUGUAGCUGGCCACUGCCAGGGCGUAGAGAGAUGAGCACUUCAGAGAGGGGAGCCUCCGAGGUGAACCUCCGAGGCCUGGUGAGUGGCUACUCCAUGACCCCCCCAACCCUGAACAUCACAGAAGAGGUACACAUCAUCAACACCAGUGACAGUCUGGCCAUCUCCUGCAGAGGACAGCACCCCCUCGAGUGGGCCUGGCCAGGGGCUCCAGAGGCACCAGCAGCCGGGGGGAAGGAGAGCGAGGACUCGGGGUUUGUGCGAGACUGUGAGGGCACAGACGCCAGGCCCUACUGCAAAGUGCUGCUGCUGAGUGAGACCCACGCCAACGACACGGGCAGCUAUUGCUGCUACUACAAGUACAUCAAUGCCCACAUCGAGGGCACCACAGCUGCCAGCACCUACGUGUUCGUGAGAGACCACGAGCAGCCGUUCAUCAACAAAGCCGACACGCUCCUGAUCAGCAGGAAGGAGUCCACGUGGGUGCCCUGCCUGGUGUCCGUCCCCGGCCUCAAUGUCACGCUGCACUCGCAAAGCUCCGUGCUUCGGCCUGACGGCCACGAGGUGGUGUGGGACGACCGGCAGGGCAUGCAGGUGCCCACGGUGCUCCUCCGAGACGCGCUGUACCUGCAGUGCCAGACCAGCUGGGCCGGCCAGGACUUUUACUCCAGCCCCUUCCUCGUGCACAUCACAGGCAAUGAGCUCUAUGACAUCCAGCUGUUCCCCAAGAAGUCCCUGGAGCUGCUGGUUGGGGAGAAGCUAGUCCUGAACUGCACUGUGUGGGCCGAGUUCAACUCGGGUGUCACCUUCGACUGGGACUAUCCGGGGAAGCAGGCAGAGCGGGGUAAGUGGGUACCCGAGCGGCGCUCCCAGCAGACUCACACAGAGCUCUCCAGCAUCCUGACCAUCUACAACGUCAGCCACGCUGACCUGGGCCGGUACGUGUGUGAGGCUGACAACGGCAUCCAGAAGUUCCGGGAGAGCACAGAGGUCAUCGUGCACGAAAAGCCCUUCAUCAGUGUCGACUGGCUCAAAGGACCAGUCCUGGAAGCCACAGCAGGCGACGAGCUGGUGAAACUGCCUGUGAAGCUGGCAGCGUACCCCGCGCCGGCAUUCCAAUGGUACAAGGACAGAAAGGCGGUGACUGGGCGCCACAGCCCGCAUGCCCUGGUGCUCAAAGAGGUGACCGAGGCCAGCGCGGGCAUCUACACCCUCACCUUGUGGAACUCUGCGGCCGGCCUGAGACGCAACAUCAGCCUGGAGCUGGUGGUGAACGUGCCGCCCCACAUCCACGAGAAGGAGGCCUCCUCCCCCAGCACCUACUCCCGCCACAGCCGCCAGGCCCUCACCUGCACAGCCUACGGGGUGCCCCCGCCCCUCAGCGUCCAGUGGCACUGGCGACCCUGGACGCCCUGCAAGACGCUGGCCCAGCACAGCCUCCGACAACACCGGCAGCAACGAGAUGGCAUGCCACAGUGCCAGGACUGGCGGGAGGUAACCGUGCAGGACGCUGUGAACCCCAUCGAGAGCCUGGACACCUGGACCGAGUUUGUGGAGGGAAAGAACAAGACGGUGAGCAAGCUGAUGAUCCAGGACGCCAAUGUGUCUGCCAUGUAUAAGUGUGUGGUCUUCAACAAGGUGGGCCAGGACGAGCGGCUCAUCUACUUCUAUGUGACCACCAUCCCCGACGGCUUCAGUAUCGAGGUGGAGCCCUCCGAGGACCCCCUAGAGGGCCAGUCCGUGCGCCUCAGCUGCCGAGCGGACAACUACACGUACGAGCAACUACACUGGUACCGCCUCAACCUGUCCACGCUGCAUGAUGCUCACGGGAACCCGCUGCUGCUCGACUGCAAGAAUGUUCACCUGUACGCCACGCCGCUGGCCGCCAGCCUAGAGGAGGCUGAGCCGGGAGCGCGCCAUGCCACACUCAGCCUGAGCAUCCCGCGAGUAGCGCCCGAGCACGAGGGCGACUAUGUGUGUGAGGUGCAGGACCGGCACAACCAGGACAAGCACUGCCACAAGAAGUACCUGUCGGUGCAGGCCCUGGAAGCCCCCCGGCUGGUGCAGAACUUGACCGACCUCCUGGUGAACGUGAGUGACUCCCUGGAGAUGCGGUGCCCAGUGGCGGGAGCACACGUGCCCAGCAUCGUGUGGUACAAAGACGAAAAGCUACUGGAGGAAGAGUCCGGAAUCGACUUGGCAGACUCGAACCAGAAGCUGAGCAUCCAGCGCGUCCGCGAGGAGGACGCUGGCCGCUAUCUGUGCAGCGUGUGCAACGCCAAGGGCUGCGUCAACUCCUCCGCCAGCGUGGCCGUGGAAGGCUCCGAGGAUGAAGGCAGCAUGGAGAUCGUGAUCCUCGUCGGCACCGGGGUCAUCGCUGUCUUCUUCUGGGUUCUCCUCCUCCUCAUCUUCUGUAACAUGAGGAGGCCGGCCCACGCGGACGUCAAGACAGGCUACCUGUCCAUCAUCCUGGACCCAGGGGAGGUGCCCCUGGAGGAGCAGAGCGACUACCUGCCCUACGACGCCAGCCAGUGGGAGUUCCCGCGGGAGCGGCUGCACCUGGGCAGAGUCCUUGGCCACGGGGCCUUCGGGAAGGUGGUGGAAGCGUCCGCCUUCGGCAUCAGCAAGGGAAGCGGCUGUGACACCGUAGCUGUAAAAAUGCUAAAAGAGGGCGCCACAGCCAGCGAGCACCGUGCGCUGAUGUCCGAGCUCAAGAUCCUGAUCCACAUCGGUCACCACCUCAACGUGGUCAACCUGCUGGGGGCGUGCACCAAGCCCAAUGGCCCCCUCAUGGUGAUCGUGGAGUAUUGCAAGUACGGCAACCUCUCCAACUUUCUGCGCGUCAAGCGCGAGGCCUUCAGCCCCUGCGCGAAGUCUCCCGCGCAGCGCAGGCGCGUCCGCGCCAUGGUGGAGGGCCCCGAGGCUGAUCCAAGGAGGACAGCAAGCAGCGAGCAGGCCCUGCUCACCCGGCUCCUGAUGGGCAAGGGAGGGGCGGGGCGCGCUCCUGCUGUCCAAGAAGCUGAGGACCUGUGGCUGAGCCCACUGACCAUGGAGGACCUUAUCUGCUACAGCUUCCAGGUGGCCAGGGGGAUGGAGUUCCUGGCCUCCCGCAAGUGCAUCCACAGAGACCUGGCUGCUCGGAACAUCUUGCUGUCAGAAAGUGAUGUAGUGAAGAUUUGCGACUUUGGCCUUGCCCGAGACAUCUACAAAGACCCCGACUAUGUCCGCAAGGGCAGUGCCCGGCUGCCGCUGAAGUGGAUGGCGCCCGAAAGCAUCUUUGACAAGGUGUACACCACACAGAGCGACGUCUGGUCCUUCGGGGUACUGCUCUGGGAGAUCUUCUCCCUGGGGGCCGCCCCGUACCCAGGUGUGCAGAUCAAUGAGGACUUCUGCCAGCGGCUGAAAGAGGGCACCCGGAUGAGAGCCCCAGAACUGGCCACUCCCGCCAUACGCCGCAUCAUGCUGAGCUGUUGGUCUGGAGACCCCAAGGCGAGGCCUGCUUUCUCGGAGCUGGUGGAGACCCUGGGCGACCUGCUCUUGGGAGGGGGCCAGCAGGAGGAAGAUGAGGACUACAUGGCCCAGUGCGACUCUCAGAGCUCAGAGGACGGCAGCUUCCUGCAGGCAUCCACCACAGCCCUGCACGCUGCUGAGGCAGAUGCUGAGGGCAGCCCGCCACGCAGCAUGCACUGCCACAGCCUGGCUGCCAGAUACUACAAUUGUGUGUCCUUUCCUGGAUGCCUGGCCAGGGGGACUCAGACCCAGGGUCCCUCUAGGAUGAAGACGUUUGAAGAAUUUCCGAUGACCCCGACCACCUACAAAGCCCCUGUGGAUAACCAGACGGACAGCGGGAUGGUGCUGGCCUCUGAGGAGUUUGAACAGAUAGAGAGCAGGCACGGGCAGGAAGCGGGCUUCAGGGCUCGCCAGGAAGCGUACACACCCAUCCCGGCCGAGCGGGCCACCCCUGCCCCUCCGCUGUUGGCCCAGUGCCCACUGAAGCCAGGCAGACGUGACCUGAGCCGCUGCUCAGGAAGCCUCCCGUGUGCCAGUAGAGGGUGGCCUGGGCAGGUGAUUCCAUCUGCCCAGCAAGACAGCCAGCAGGAGGAGAAAAGUUUGGACCACGCAAAUGGACUUUUACAAGUGUAGAUAAAAGAGCUAAAUGUCUGCUUAAAA